AUGUCUGCCAUUCAUACGGAGUGUACGACACAUGAGUCGAAAUGGCGUUUAGAGACACGAGUUGGACACCAGUUGUGCGUCCAAUGCAGUCAACACAAGUGGUCGUCUCCUCUCGAGAAUCACUUUACGCGCAGAAAACUUGUGGAAGAGUUGGAGAACGCGCUGAGGAAUGGAUCCGUUUGGGUGACCACUCAUCUCACUUCACACCACUUCGGCGCCGAUGAAAGGCUCGCAUUUGUUGUAUCCAUCGCUCAACUGGUCUUCGAUUCGGACACUAAUGUCCAAAAGUGUGCCAAUAAUUGUCUGAAACUCAUAUUAUCUCAACUCAACGACAACUCAAUCGUGGAUUUGGUCACCGAUUAUAUCAUUGAAGAGUUGACUUCCGGUGACAACCCUUUGAGCGAAUGGUCACUGGAUUUGGUGUCACAUUGUCUGCCGUUUUGUACCACUGAUGGCAUACGAGACCAUCGGAUCACUGAUAGGAUGUCUAAUGUGUUGGAAGAUCUUCGCGAAGAGUAUCCCAAUCAGAACAGUCGCCUGAAACGAGUGGUACUGAAGCUGUUCAUCACGAUCUACGACACGUUGGGAGCGAACCAAUUGUUUUGUUUGGACCAACGAUUCCACGCCAAGACAUUUCAUAUGGUUUUGAUUGCUUUUGAACCGCAAAGCAUCGGUUCCGACGAUAACGAUAUCCUCUAUAAUUCAACGCAAUUACUGAAGAAAGUAUCGACCAUUGAAUCGGUUCUCCAACUUCUUGUCACAAAUCAAAAUCUGUUGAAAUAUUUGCACAUUUUGUUGGCCAACGAAUGCGAAGAACUCAGAGUUUAUGUAUUGGUUUGGAUUUGCGAUCUCUUGGAGAACGAGUUGAUUCAGAAACGAUUCGCUAAUAUUUUGCUCAACGAUAAAAUGGAUUCAUUUAUUGAGAUGUUGUUGUCGUCGGACAACCCUUUCAUCUCGAAGUAA